AUGAGGUGGCUCUUAGGCAGCAGCUGGAGGAAAUUUGGACAUGCUGACAGGGGGAACUACGACUGGUUAACUAGUGAACCAGGUGUGCCACUUCUGGAAACCCAGUUGCAGAGCAGACAUCAGAUCAGCUCAACCAAAGACGACGUAGAACCAUUUCUAUGCAUCAUCCUGCCUGCCACCAUGCUGCUCUUCCUGGCAUUCCUGCUGCUCUUCCUAUACCGCCGCUGCCAUCGACCCAGCCCCCAGGGGCAGAUCUUCAGUAUUGAUCUCCCAGAGCACCUACCUGAGCGUGAUGUGUCCGAUUUCCUUUCAGUGCUGCCCUGGAACAGUGAGCAGAAUUUCCACUACUCCACUCUGCUCCCUGAAGCCACCUUACUCACUGUAAGCUUGCCUCCAUCAUAUGAGGAGGCCACUAUGAAACCUCCUAUGGGAGAGGCUCACAUUGAGUUUUCUCAGGAUCCAGUGCCUCCUUAUGAAGAGAGUACACACUGGUCAACCAACAGUAAAACUUCCUAAGGAAACACCUUUGGCUGAAGCUUACAACCCAUCAAGGCAUAAACACGAGACACUAGUCAUUAACGUUAGUGACAAAAUUUUCAAAUAAGGAAACAAAAUUAAUUGAGGAAGGAGCUUGGAUUGAUGUGGGAUUACUUUAAUACAUUUAAUGA